AUGGCUCUGCAAGAUGUGUGUGGAUUUUAUGACUCUGCUCUUUACCGACUAUACAGCUCUUCUGAAGAUUCACACAAUUCCACUUGGAGAGAACCAAGAGCAAAGCACAGUGGUGUUCCUCUAAGUUUCUCCAUUCCUCAUUCACAAAACACCAUCUGGGCAAACCAUACGGAUGCUUUCUUCUCUCUGAGAUCUCAUCCAUCCACUACAUCAGUAAAACGUCCAUUCCAUCUGUCUCACGGCACCACCACUUUGGCCUUUGCUUUCCAGGGCGGCGUGAUCGCAGCGGCCGACUCUCGCGCCAGUGCUGGUGGCCUGGUCGCUUGCCCUGAAGUUGCGAAGAUCACUCCUAUCCAUUCCCACCUGGUGGUCACCUCCUCGGGCAGUGGGGCUGAUUGCAUGCUAUGGGAGCGCAUCCUCGCCCGCGAGAUCCGUCUGUACCAGCUCCGCCACGGGCGCAGGCUAUCCAUUGUCAGCGCCGCCAAGCUCCUCUCCUUGAUGCUGCAUCCGUUUAAAGGAACUGAUGUGUGUGUGGCCUUGACUCUGUGUGGAUGGGAUAGAGAGGAGCAAGGCAAGGAGAGAGAAGCACAGCGGGCCGUGGAAUCCAAAGUCUCCAUGGCUGUGAAAAGCAACAAGGACCUCAGUGAUGGUGAAAAGCCUGUUAGCUUUUGUAUUUCAGCUGCAUCACCAGUGGGUGCCCUCAGCCGCACUGAGUCUGAGAUUCAAAGAAAAUGGAAAGACCCAGAAGAUCAGAGCCUCAUCAGCUCCCAAAACACCACCAUCACACAGCAAUCUGGUCCCAGACUCUGCUAUGUGUGCAGUGAUGGCACUUUCCUGAAGGGGGAGCUCUUCUCUGUGGGCUCAGGCUCCCCGUAUGCCUACUCAGUGCUGGAUGGUGCUGUGAGGUGGGAGAUGUGCACGGAGGAGGCUGUGUCUGUGGCCAGGGAGGCUGUGUACAGGGCCACUCACAGGGACGCGUACUCUGGGAACAACGUGGACAUCUUUCACAUCACCGCCCGUGGUUGGAGGCGCAGGGAGAGAGAGAACCUGAGAGAGGAGUACUAUAGAGAGGGACAGAGAAGACGAGAAUGCACAAAAGUGAGAGAGAUAGAGAGAAAAAAACAGAGAAGAAAAUGUGUGACCAGAACAGAGGAUGCAGAAGAAAAACUCUGA